ACACCGGACAUUAUUUGCGGGGCACAAGGAAGUAGAAUUUUGUUUGGAAUACGUCAGAAUUACUUUGGUAUCACGGCACAUUGUUUAUUUAGCUAGCUACUUCAUUACGUUCGUUAUUACGUUAUUCCAGGUACUUCUAUAUAAAUAGUGUCGCCAUUAGAUUGUGAGUUAAAAUACAAACUCUUGCUGAAAAUGAACGUCGAUCCUCCUCAGCCAGUCACGACUGGAGGGACAUCUACGCAUUCUUCAACCUCCAGCAACAGUAAUAACUGCAUCAGCAGUAACAGCAAUGCUGUCACUAACGCCAGCAGCAUUCCAUCUGUAGCGGCCAGCAAUGUAUCCACCUCCGCUGCCUUGGCCCCUCCAUCAACAGAGAGCUCCGUGUCCAAUGGGGUGUAUGUGCCCACUGGGAUCGCCAAUGGUGAUGUGAAGCCUGUCAUCUCUACUACUCCAUUGGCUGAUUUCCUAAUGCAGCUUGAAGACUACACUCCUACGAUCCCAGACGCAGUGACGGGGUAUUACCUCAACCGUGCUGGCUUCGAAGCUUCAGAUCCUCGAAUAAUCCGCCUGAUCUCACUGGCUGCACAGAAGUUCAUCUCAGACAUUGCAAAUGAUGCGCUUCAGCACUGCAAGAUGAAGGGCACUGCCUCAGGAAGUUCCAGAAGCAAGACAAAGGACAAGAAGUACACACUAACAAUGGAAGACCUGUCUCCAGCCCUCUCGGAGUAUGGCAUCAACGUAAAGAAACCCCACUACUUCACUUAGGAGGCCGGCCUUUUCCACCGUGGAUUUUUGAAACAGCGAAGCCAAGGGGGUGUUCUCUGCCAAUUUUUCAACCAUGUCAGGACCUCCUCAGGAGGACAAAUCUCUUAUUUGGGUACGCCCCAUAGACCCAGUUUACGAGGCAUCCAGAAAAUGAUUUGCCGUUUCAGUGAUGUUUUGUUAGUGAUAUUUUUUAUUAUUAUUAUUAUUAUUAUUAUUAUUGUUGCAUAGAACCCAUUCUGAUUGUCUAAGUUUGAUUUUAAGUUUUAUGUAUUUUUGACACAAAUAAAACAUUCUGAAAAGCAAA